AUGGGUAUCCAGGGACUGGCUAGGCGUCUCGAGCCCUACGCGACGCGGUAUUCCUCCGAGCAGCUGGACGGCUACUCAGCCGUGGUAGACGGCCCUGCGCUCGCCUACUACGCUCACAAAUUGGCUCUCGCUUCGGCCACUAGCGCGUCCAGAAUACCUUCUUAUGCGGACAUCGUUGCUGAAGCAAUACACUGGCUGGCCUCGCUGGAGAAGAGCAACAUCAAGGUGUCUGCCAUCUACUUUGACGGAGCCCUCCCCAUAUCAAAGCGCACAGAGCGCUUGUCCAGGACGGAAGCGAACAACAGACGGGUGCAGCAAUUCCGCAAUAACUAUGCUACUGUCUCAUGUCCUAUUCCGACAUAUCUAGGCUCGAUAUCGUACGCCUUUCUUGCACCUGCACUGCAAGAAGCGUUGCUGGAUUCGCCGUUUUCUUCCAAAACGAAGACCGUACCUGGAGAAGCAGAUGAUUGGUGUGCAUUGCAUGCAAAGGAGAAUGCAAAAUCUAUCAUCUUUACGAGCGAUACGGAUCUUGUUUUGUACGACUACAGCUUCGACACACUGAUUGUGUUCCUUCACGAUGCCGAUGUGGCCACGGGCAUCAAAGCAUAUUCACCCGACGAGAUCAGCAAGCAAUUACAACUCAAAAGCCUAGUGACCUUUGCAUAUGCUCUACUUGAUGGCCCACAAGACAGUUCAAAGCUCCUAGCUCACACAGCCCAGGCAAUAGAUCAGAGGUCAACAUCUUAUGUUGAUUUCGCCAAGCGCUACGUUGCAAAGGCUCCGAGUCACAGCGCGACAUCUAAUCUACCAGUGUCAGAUGUUCGCAUAUCAGAAUACGUCCACCAAGCCCUCAAUGGACUCGAAUCUCCAUUCGUAUACAUGCCUCUGUUGGUCGAAGACCCUAAUCAAGCGUCCGCAUGGAACGUGGGACAAGAUAUUCGUACGAUAGCAUACUCUCUCCUCGCUCGAAAGCCAAACAUGAUUGUACACGAAUACCGGCGGAAAGCCCAAGGUAUUAGUGUUCAAGAAAUCUCUAUAUACUCUUCCGCGGAUCUUGCAACUUCCGCAGCAGAUCUAGAACGACAGCUGUGUACUCUGAGAGAAUGGGCAGCAGCGCAGUCGGAUAUUGUCAAACCAGCACUUCUAUGGCCGUUAUUUGGACUCAGCUUCGUCCUUGCAGAAUUCAACACGCCGCCUGCGAUCCUUCUCGUCCAGCGCGUACUCAACGGCGAGUUUGAUAACAGCUGGGCGUUUGUCCAUCUAACUGCGAGGCUGCACGCAGCAAUUUAUUCAUUGCGCGUGUUGAGCCAGAUUAUACGCGUGUGGCUCGCUCUCCACCCUACUGCACCCACCUACUCGACUGAAAAGACCAAACUACACGCUGUCCUUUCCAGCUUAGCAACUCACAUGGUCGACUUCCCUUCCAUACCUGAUGUACUUGGUGUGCCUGGGCAGGCGAAGAAGGUGGUGGCGCAGCAUGAUGUGCUGAAGGGGUUGGUCGAAGAGAUUUAUCGGUCGAAUGGGGCGCAGGUGCUGAGCGAGGAUGGGGUCAGUAAUAAGAAGAAGAAGAAGAUGGCGAGGGAACAGGAGAGGAAGAAGAAGAAGGCUGAGGUGAGGGCGCAGGGGAGGUUGGAAGGGAGUGGGUUUGCGUUGUUGGGGGACUGUUAG